AUGGUGAGCAUGUUCUCAUUAUUUCUGCUAUUAAUUGAGCAAUCGCCGCUUGUAGCGUCAUUGCAACAAAGUCAACGGCAUAUAGUGGGUGUUCCCUGGGAAAAGCAGCACUUGUAUGACUCGAAUGAACCAGAUUUGACUAAAUGGCACUGUUUGAACCACGAAGAUAUCGUAUUGGAUAUAAGCCAGAUUAAUGAUGGGGUUUGUGAUUGUCCUGAUGGUUCAGAUGAGCCCGGCAGCGCCGCCUGCGUGGAAGAUAUAUUCAAAAGCGUUGCAGAGGGAGGUGGUAAAGUGAAUAAGUAUUUUUAUUGUGAUAACAAGGGGUUUAUUCCAAGAUAUAUACGAAAAUCGGAAGUCGCAGAUGGUAUUUGUGACUGCUGUGACUGUUCUGACGAGCUACUUUCUGGAUAUGAGCUCUUUGAUGCUGGAUCUAAUUGUUCUCAGUUAAAAAACGAAUUUGACAUUAUGGCCUCUAAAGAGUUAUCAAGUUACCGGGAAGGUAAAGAGGCCCUAGAAGAACUGGAAAGAAAAUACGGUACAAAGGAAGAGGCUAUCACCCGUGGUAAUUGCUUAGAAGAAGAUAAGGAAAAAGCUUCUGCCGAGAUAAAAGUACUCUCCAACAGGCUCUCAGAAAAUCGAGCCAAAUUAGAGCAGUUGAGAGGCGAGUACUUUAACCAAUUAAGCCAUGAUCCCAUUUUGUAUCAAUUUGAACAAUUAAACAGUACUCGUUUGGGAUCGGACAUCCUUACAUCGUUCACUAUGGUUUCAAGAGUAAGUAAAGGUUACCAGGACAUAUUCAAGAUUUUAAGUGAUUUAUCAGAGGCCUAUACUCCCUCGCUAAAUGAUAAAGUUGUCAAUGAUAAUAUUAAAAAAUUCAGAAAAGUUAGAAGACGGGCUGAAAAGGCUAAAAUUAAUGCAGAUAGCAAAAUUGAUGAUGAGCAGGCAGAUAAUCUUUACUUGUACUUUACAGAAGAAGUACCUCAAAUUUUUUUGAAAAGAGAAUCUGAGAACACGUUGAGGUACGUCAUAGGAAAAUCCAAUUUUGUUCAAGCGCUAGUGGAGGGUAAAAUUAACUAUACCAACGAUAUCUUGGAGUAUAUCAGAGAAUUCCGUUUGAUUAUGGAUGAUAUUUCUCAGAAUUACAAUGUUAACUUUCAAGAUGCAGGGGUCAAAAGUGCUGUCGAUUCGUAUAAAAACUACCUAGGUGAAUACGGCGAACUGGCUGAAUUAGAACCAGCUCACCCGUCAGAGAGCCUUUUGAGAUCGUUGAGCGAAGUAACAUCAUUUGUGAACGAGAAUGCACCAAAGGUAUUGCCACCAGACGCUGUUGAGUCAGAACAAGAUACGAACAGCGAUCAUAUCGGUACUUCUGGAGAUUUGCGCAAUAAACUCAAAGAGAUUCUAUCUAAGCUGAAUAUUUUUUCAUCUAGAAAAGAUUUGGUCUCAUUAGAGAAGAGAUUCCGCUCUUGUGAAAGUCAAGUCAGUCUCCUGGAGAAUGAAUUAAAGCAAAAAAUGGACUAUAAGAAAUUAUUAGAUGAAACUGAAGAUGAAGGAACUAAUUCUACUGCAGGAAAUCUGACUGAGCUUUUAGAACUAAUGGGAUCACAAUCCUAUUGUCUUGACGACAUACUGGACAACUAUGUGUACACUAUAUGCUUUCAACGUCCAAUGACCGAAGGUGUCAUAUAUCAAGCUGAGGAUAAGGUUGACGGUAAAAAAGUUUUGAUCGGUCGUUUUAAGACAUCAGGUUUUAAUGUUGACUUAAACAUGGAAAAAUACGCAGAACAUUUAAAGGCCACAUAUGAUGAGAAGAGUGAUUUGAUUUCAAACUUAGCAGCUAUACAGGACGAUGACGGUAACAUGCAACAUUACGUAUUCGGGAACUUAAACGAACUGAAUAAUGGUCUGGUACUAGAAUACGAAAAUGGAGACCAGUGCUGGAAUGGUCCGCGCAGAUCGGCUACUGUAUUUGUUCGGUGCAGCGACAAAUUCAAGAUUCGGAGUGUACAUGAAGCGACUAAGUGCAACUACAUCUUCGAUGUCGUUGGUCCUCUAGGCUGCAACAAGACUUUCGAAUACGAGCCCCCUAAGUUCAAUUUAAGUGAAUGA